GGGUCACAAUCCUUUACCUAUCCUUGUUUUCUGGCCGUCUCCGACGACUUUCGAAGGCAAAAGUAACUUCUGCGAAUAUUCGCUAAGGCGAUUUCGUCUCUCUUUCGUCUUCUUCGUUUAUAAUUAAGAAUGAGUAAACCACAGGAACCGCAAAGGCAUCAUCAUCUAUUUCAAUUUGGUAAUCCAUUCAAGAUGAUGUUACCAAAGGGAUCUAACAUGUCUCCAAAACUUCUUACCAUGACAAACAACUUCGGCAUCACUUUAGCCGAUAGGCUCAAGAACCUUAAGCCGAAAGACAUGGAUGAUUUACUCAGUUUACCAUGGAUGAGACUUGCAGUCAAUUCCUUGUGUGAGACUCAUACUGAUAUAAAAACCUUUAUCAAUAAACUCGAACUCCCUGUUUGUGAUUGGGAUGAGAAAUGGAUCAAUAUAUACUUCAACAGCACUGUUAAGAUACUGGAUAUCUGUAUUGCUUUCAGUUCCGAGCUCUCGCAUUUAACCCAAGGUCAUCUCCUUCUUCAGUUUCUCUUGCACAAAUUGGAAACCGAAACCAAACCCACAAUACAAUCAUCAAAAGUUCAGGAAUCUCUUGAUUACUUUAGACAACACAUGAGUUCUAAGAACCAAAAACUUGCUGACUGUUUCAAUAUCUUAGAUACUCUGACUCAAGAUAUGAUAUUGCCUAAAUCUAAACUGAAGAAUUCAUCCAAAGAGAAAGCCUUGAUGCAUGCUUUAUAUGGAGUUCAGGUUCACACACUAUUUGUCUGUAACAUAUUAGCUGCUGGUUUUGCCGGUUCUUCAGAGAAGAUAAUUGAUUUACAUGUCCCAGAAACAUUUUUGUGGGCCGAUGCUUUUGUAGAUGUUCAGAAUUGUAUAAACGGGGAGAUUAGAAGAAUGUUGAAAACUAACAUGAGAUCGGGUUUGGUCAAAGAGGUUGAAGCAAUUGAUAAUUGUCUGAAGAAGUUGGAGCCUUUGUUACAGGAUGGGGAUGAUUUGUCUGAGAUUGAUCUCGAGAAAUCAAGUAUCGAUCUUGGUCAGAAAAGAGAGAAGCUUUCACAAGGAUUGGAUCUUAUGAUUAAAGGUGUGGAUGGGUUCUUCAGAAUUAUUUUGACAGGUCGAGAUGCUUUACUGUCUAACCUUAGAGCGGAUUUUGUUUCGGAAUCUUAUAAAAUCGAUAGGUAUAGCGUCGUAAAAUUUCAAGUUGUAAGGUGAUAAUAACAUGCUUUAAUUGAGUUGAAUGAACUCCAUAUGCUUAAAUCUACUACUAUAUUAAUGCAAGAAUUAUUGUAUAAUGUAAGUAUAUAUAUAUAUAUAUGUAUUAGUGUGUGGGGGAAUGUUUGAUUUAAAUGAAUGCUAAAGAGUUGCCUUGUAAUCUUC